GAUGUUGGAGAAAGUCAUUUUCAGAGGAAUCUCCAUUCUCUUCUCAGACAGCCAACUCUUUGUCACGAGUUCAUGCUGGUCUAUGAUUUGCGUUUAGUGUAGUGUUGGCGAUGUCCACUAAUCGGCGCCGAGUGAAGGUCUACACUCUAAAUGAUGAUCGACAGUGGGAUGACAGAGGUACCGGACACGUUGUGUACGCAUUCGUUGAAAGUUUGGGAGGUUUGGCGUUGGAAGUGAGAAACGAAGAAGAUGGUUCAGUGUUGCUGCAGUUGAAGAUACAGCAGGACGUUCUGUAUCACCGCCAACAGGAAACUUUGAUUGUGUGGACAGAGAACGACUACUGGGAUAUAGCUCUUAGUUUCCAAGAGAAGGCAGGAUGCGAUGACAUUUGGGAUAAAAUUUGUCAGGUUCAGGGUCGAGAUCCACAGUGGGAAACAACCCCAGAAGAUGCUACUGAUGAGCGGUUUGAAGAACUGAGUGAUGCAGAAAUUGCACCUGAGCCUAUUGACUUGCCACCGUGUGAACUGAGCAAAUUAGAGGAAAUUGGUGAAGUCUUCUCGAGUUGCUUGCAAUCUGUUGUUAGUCGUGACAAGCUAGCUCUUGCUCUUGAACAAGAGGAUUACAUACAUAAACUCAUUGAGCUGUUCCAUGUGUGUGAGGACUUGGAAAAUGACGGUGGACUACAUCAGUUGUAUGAAAUAUUUAAAGUUGUUUUCCUUCUCAAUCGGGCUUCUCUAUGUGAAGUCAUGUUUCAUGACGAUGUGAUAUUUGAUGUCGUUGGUGUCUUGGAGUAUGAUCCAAACAAGAGUGAACCCAUACGGCAUAGAGACUAUUUGGCAUCACAGGCAUGCUUUAAGGAAGUUGUACCCAUUAAGAAUGCCGAUCUCUUGGCAAGAAUCCACCAAACUUACAGGAUUCAAUAUGUUCAUGAUGUGAUCCUGCCUACACAUUCAGUAUUUGAGGAAAACCUGCUGUCAUCACUUAGUUCUAUGGUAUUUUUCAACAAAGUAGAGAUUGUGGCUCAACUUCAGGAAGAUGAUGCAUUUUUGGAUGAUCUGUUUACGUUGUUGAAAAAGGAUUCAGCAACCGUGGAAGAGAGGAGAGAUUUAGUAAGUAUUCAUGUUAGUCAUAAUUUACUUAGGAGGCCUAUCAUGCAUUUCGUCAUCAGUGUUGCAUCUACUUCAGUUGUAAUCAAUAGGUCAUAUUGAUAAUAUAUUGCAUUCUAAAUGUAAUCAGGGAUGGCAGCACUGCUUAGAAAUCAUGGACCAUAGUUAGAAGUUAUGGUUCCAGGUUGAAUGUGAUAAUAUGUCUGGACAAAAUUAAUAUUUUAGUGUCAAUGAACAUGUUUCAUGUCACAUGUUUACCUGUACUUGAAGAGAAUCAUCUAGAAAUGUUUCUAAAGUGUCAUACAGUAUUACUUUCCAGCUUUAUGAUAUUACAAUGCAACUUGUAAACUUGU